CCCCAAACACAAAAGGAUUGACCAACCGCAACCUAAGUCCCUCCCCUCAGAUGCAAAGGCACACCUCGUCCCAGAGUUCCAUGGAGUCCUCGGAAUCUGGCCAGUUGUCAGGGGAGUCAACGGAGAGGAAUAGGGAAGAGUACGCCAUGAUGGCCGAUCUACCAAAGGUCAAGCCUGUCCUCCAAAGGGAGCGGCUUCGUCAUGUGGGACAGACUCCAAAUCUACCCUCAGGGAGACAGGAGCUCUUCAAACCAGCAAGCCACUCCCUCUCCAAGCAUCCCUCCAGAGAGUGGCUAGAUGACUCAGGGGACCUAGAGAGAAACCACAUAGAAUGGCAUAAUGGCAGCAGCGGUAGACUGUCUCGAGCACACUCGUCCACCUCUUUGCAAACGCAGAGGCCCCACAGCCCCACUAUAGAGGAGGAGGCCAGUCCAUGGAGGGCACAACAUAGCUCUUCCUUGGAACAAAUGCAGCCUGACCUCCUUAACUUCAAGAAGGGAUGGAUGUCAAAACUGGAUGAGAAUGGAGAGUGGAAGAAGCACUGGUUUGUGUUGACCGAUGCUGGUCUGAGGUACUACAGAGACUCUGGGGCGGAGGAGAAGGAUGAUCUGGAUGGGGAGGUUGACCUGAAGUCUUGUGUAAAAGUGUCUGAGUUUGAUGUAGAGAAGAACUAUGGAUUUCAAAUACAGACGAGGGAGGCAGUUGUCACACUGUCAGCUAUGACUGCAGGGAUCAGGAGGAACUGGAUUGAGGUUUUGAGGAAGAGUGUUCGGCCCAGCAGCUCUCCAGACCUUACACAACUGCCCGAGGGCAGUAGUGACAAGGAGAACUCUCGCUCCCUGGCCUCCACUCAUCGACCACCUUCUCGCCACGGUGAUGCCGGAUCAGAAAUCACCACCUCCUCUGUACGCCGAUUUGACUGUGUUGAGCUGUCACCGGUGCCCGUCCCCUCCAGCCCUCUGCCAGCCACUCAGAGAGAGGCAGGAGAGGGGCAGGGCAGGGAGCACGCCCAAUGGCAGGAGGAGAGGAGCAGAGAUGUGACCAGUAGCACAUGGGAGCAGGUGCUGUCGAGGAAAGGGCCGGGUGUAGGCUCAGACCCCAGGAUAAGAGCAGAGGAGGAAAUUGAGAAAAAGUGGGCAGAGUUUGAGCGGCUGCCACUAAAGGAGAUGAGGUCACUACUGCCAAUGGGCUCACGGUCCAGCCAUCCAGCCAAUGAGGCGCUGCAGAGGGAGGUAGUGGCGUCUCUGAGGCAGCAGCUGGAGCGUUUGCAGGGAGGAGGGUGUGGUGGUGGUGGGGGGGGGGGGGUGGGGGGAGGUAGCUGUGGUCGGGAGGCAACGUGCGGCCGCAGCCUUCAGGCCAUGGAGCGGGCCCACAAACAGGUCCUGGAGGAGCUGCAGAAGCAGCAUGCCCGCGAGACCCGAGAGCUGGAGAGGGACAGGGACCGGGUGCUGAGGGAGGAGACCCAGGACACAGCACAAGUUAUGGAGACACUGAAGAAGGCCCACAAGGAGGAGCUGGAGAGAGAGGUGGAGAAGGCAAAGAGGCUUGGUGGAGGGAGUGCCAACACACAGACCCUACGCACACAGCAGCAGUUAGAGACCCAGGCCCUGCAGAGGGAGCUGUCUGGCCUGUCUGAGAGGUACUCCCAGAAGUGUCUGGAGCUGAACAGGGCUGAGCAGAGCAACGGGGAGAGGGAGAAAGACAUUACUCGCAAGGAGAGCGAGCUGGAGCAGCUGAGGAAAGAGAACCAGGACCUACAGGCCCGUUUGACAGAGGAGAUCAGCCGCAUGCGCUCCAUCGUCACGGGCCAGGGGUCGGAGGGUGUUUCCCAUAACAACCAGGACAGGCCGUCCUGUGAGCUGGAGGUUCUUCUCAGGGUGAAGGAGAAUGAGGUGCAGUACUUGCACAAGGAGAUCAGCUGUCUGAGGAACGAACUUCAGUUCCUGAACACGGAGAAGCAGUCGGCCUGUGAGCGGUAUCAAGAGGUCCACGGGGAGCUGAGUGGUAUGAAGCGCAGGAGCGAGCGGGAGAUCCAGAGCCUUAGGGAGCACCUGAGAUUGGCCAUGGUUGCCCUGCAGGAGGGCCAGAAACUAGGCAACAGCCUGGAACACUGAGACACCGCCUCAAGGGCUCUGCUCAGAGACACAGAGAGGUAUAGACUUGUGUGGGCACAAUGGAGAGGAGCAGAAGUCUUCGCACCAGAAGAUGCCGGCUCGGGGGACCACGAUAGUGCCUUAGCUUUCAAUCAUUCAGCCGAUGAGCGGCAUAGACUAGUAUCAGCUGAUCGGUCAUAUUACACUGGGUUGAACAAAUUUUAAUCUGCACUUUUUAAACUUUCUGUUGUUGAUGUGCGAGAGUGAGUGAAUGAAAAUAUUGGUCUGAGAAACUGGAUUAUUUGUGUAAAGACUGUUGCUGUGAUGUAUUUGUGACCUGAAACAGCACUGGAUUACCUUUCUCUGCAUACCUACCUACAUGUAGACCUACUAUUUACAUGUUGAUAGUAGCCAACAUGUAAACAGUUGGUCUACAUGUUGGCUACUGUCAAAAGCUGAAUAAGGAAGCAGGAUAUAAUUCUCGCCAAAAACAAAACUAUUUUCAUUUGAGCAUGGAUUUGUACAGAUUGAGUCAUUCCUUGCCAUUUCAGCAAGCCAUGAAACCCACCAUCUCAAGAUUGUUCCAAAAUAGUUUCUGUAAUUGGCAAUGGGAAAGAUUGACAUUCCUGAAACAUUAUUUUGUUGAAACUUAAUUUGAUCUCUGAGAAAGGUAAGUGAUUGCACCCAAAUUGGCAUUUUUUAAAAUGUAUUUAUAGGAUUCAAGGAUUCACAUAAUAUUCAAUAAAUAUAGUUCCCAUCAUCCGAUUUGGACCAAACUUCUUCCUACUAAUGAGUAAGACAUGAGGAAUCUAAUAACAUUGUCAAAAGCCACCCGCAGACUCACCACACAACACAUCACAUGCCAAUCCAACCCCAACAACCAGUAGACAGUAUCAGUUCUCUAUGUUUUAACAAGUAGUAUGAAGUUGCUGCUUGGAGUACUGCUUCUCCAUACUAUGUAAUGUAUUCCCUAUGAAUCUGGUGAUGUUUUUUCUUUCUUAUCCCCCCCCCUGUUCAGAGAAAUUAGUCAUGGAAGUUACUUACAUUAUUUACCAUAAAGUAGUGUGAAAGUACUAGGUUUUGACCACUAGAUGCCGUGGUCCUGCUAUACUGCCGCACUCAUACAUUUUUCUGGUCUCUUGUGUUUAUUGAAUAGAUCGCAACAUUUCCUUUGUAAACACAACCAAUAGAUUUGGCUCAUUAUGAAAAUACAUUGUGUGGUCAUCCUCGAUUUCAAGCCAGUCCUCUGAAAGCAAUUGAGUUUGUCAUUUUAUGCUUAAUAUGUGUCCAGGAAACUGCCCCCUUGUGUGAGGUUUAUUCCCUUCAAAAAAGGUCUGGAUUAGUUCCUGUUAGACCAUUCCUAGUGAACAAGAAAACGAUUUAAGCUAUAGCAGUUCUAAUGGUUUCAAUAGUAUGGUCUUCAAUGGUAUAAGUCUCAAACAUACAGCAUAUAGUGUUUUGUAAUGCUAUUGGGUUGGAUUUAAUGCUAAAUUUCACUAAUUGCAAUGCUGUUUCCUAAUAAUUCUAUUGAAAAACAUGACUGCAAUGUAUUUUUUUAGGGCUGUCACAUUUGAGUCCCUAGCCCAUUUCUCCAUCAAAGUUUUGGACUUGUAGAAAAAGUAUUCAUAUGAGAAUUGCACCAUAGGGAUAGCGCUCUCAGAAAGCUGCCAGUUAUUGGAAUAUUCAAGGAACUUGUUGAACAUAACUGAAACUAUACUAGAUGUUGGAGUGGUAUUGGCAUUUUUUGGGGCCUUACUCAUUGGUAGGAAGAAGUUUAGUCCAAUUUGGGCACAAUCAAUUAGCUUAAUUUAUGAGAUCAAAUUAUAUAUAAACAAAAUAAUGUUUCAGGAAUGCUAAUCGUAUCUCUUACAAAUAACUACAUAAACAAUUUUAGGACCGUUUGAGACGGUGGGUUUCAAGCCUUUUUCUUGUGCUUUUUGAGGGGGAACGACCUUAAUGUUGUAUAUCAACAAUGGUUGCUCGGUGAUUGUCAUUGUACGCAUUUUACUUCGCAAACCUAUUUGUAUCUUUAUUCAGUGUAAUAUAUAAUCUUACAAUGUGGGUCUCCAUUGUGAAGUUAAACUUUAUAACAAUUUACCAUUGGGAUUGAUACAGAGAAAGAGGUUUUGGUACUGUAAAUUCCUGGGAAGCCAACUUGGAAAUCACUCAUUCCUCUGUGUAGAUACAAGUCAUUUGAAUGUGUGCUUUCUGUUUCAUAUAGUGCCUUCUGUGACUGGAGAAUUGCAUGUAGAAGUUCGAUGAAAUGUCGUCUUGCAAGGAUUUUUGAUGAGGCUAAGAAGAUGCAUGUUGCGAUCCUUUCCCAACCUCCGAACAUUGUGUAGGCAUGAUUGUUUGUGCCACAAAAUGUCUAGUGUUGCGUCAAUGAGCCAAUGUUUUUUUUUUUGUAUCAUGUAUUUUGUGAGGAGAUGAUAAAGUAGACAACUGUCUUUUGACAAGUGUUUUUAAUAUUUAAUGUAGGGCAUGUGAUAUCUUUGUAAAGUACCCUCGUUUUACAAGCAAUAAAAUGCAUGUUUAUACA